AUGCCCCCUCAUGCUCGUCUUGGAAAGAAUAUGCACAGCAUCCGCCUCGCUCGUUCAGUAGCGAGAGUGGUUGUGCGUGACCUCAGGAAGAUAACAGUUGAAACUAUCCAGAUUCGAUUGCUACAGCAUGAAAAAUCUGCAAAAGACUCUAAUAACAGAUCUACGUCUAUUAAUGGUAGCACGGGAGAGAUACUUGCAAGACAAUGUAUAACCGAGCUUUGCAGAGGCUGGCCAGUCUACAGAGACUUUUCUAAAUGGCACAAUUACCGUAGCCUCUUCACUAGGGAUAGCGCCUACGUUUGGACCACUUGGUCUGGCGGACUCCCGAUUGAGAAGUUCAUUGAAGUCUCCAUUAACGGCCGUGCAAAUGGCGGCUUCAUCGCACAUAGGGAGACGGGCACCCUUGCUAAUCGAUUCACAAUGAAGGAUAUCCCCAUCGACAUUAACUGCGACUGUCGAUUCAUCUUCUUCUGCAAGCUGGAGGGCAAGGAGUGGAAGGUGCAAUACGUCAAGCUGUUUUACGAGAAGGAUAAGGUUGUUCCGAUUAACGGUAAGACUGCUCCCGAUUUUCCUAAGGAAGAGUUGGUGAAGUACACUCUAAGGUAUCAGUAUUUAGCUGUGGCACAGCACUCGUUAGGGCAUCCUAUCCUGAAUAACCUGCCUAACGCAAACAACGAAGGGUUUCGUGACUAA